AUGGAGGCGAUAGCGGUUCACUCAUCGCCUCCCACGACCAGCUCUCCACUCUAUCGUUCGAAAGUCGACAAGCGACAGGGCAGGAACGACCGCACCACCAAGGAUGGAGACAAUAACAAUACGAGACGGAAGAGCAAGCGUGCGCGUUCUUCCGUUUCGCCGACAAUCAAAGGAAAUGGACGCCCCAGAAGACGCCUUAAUUCAGAGACUGAGAAUGAUUCGGACAGCCAGUCAACUGCACAACCUGCGGCUUCCGUGAGCGAGACCAAGUUCAUGGCGUUGAAUACCGUCCAGAAAAGACUCAACGGAGCCGCUUCCAGUCGCUAUUCCGACGCCCGGGAUCCGCAGAAGACGCCCAAACCCAAGCGAUCAGUACAGUCAACCCGAUCAACCCGAUCAACCCAAUCCAUCUUGUGCUCGUCUUCCCCGGACCCAAUCGACGGCCUUGAGGAGGGAUCGUCACCUCCACCACUGGCGAUUCUGGAUCCAAAUACCCCACACUCCGAUGAGGCGACCCCGAAGCCGAAAAGCAAGCGGCGCGAACGUAUCCCGACAACCCGACCUCCGUUCGAUGCUAGCCCGACCAAAGUCCGUGGCAAGUCGAAAGGCGAGAUCGGCCGUUCGCAUUCAGAUCAACCUCAAGCCACGACCCAACUCCCUGUCGAGCCGUCCCGUCCGGCUGCAGAGCUGUUUGGCGAAUCACCCCGUGCUCGCCGCAAGUCCACUGUUAGCACCAGUAUCGUUGUGACGAAGCAGAAAUUCGAUGGGGAGCCGCGGCAGCGUAGUCAGGUGCAGAAGUCUGCGUGCAGCUCGAUCAGCAACACUCCGAUGGAACGACCGCCCAAAGCUGAUGCUCAGUCUUCUGGAAAGAAGGUGAAGCCAACAAGGCCGCAGAAGGAGCAAGGAAAAGAUAGAAGGCGAAACUCCACGAAGGCUGCUCCCGCUGAUCUAUUCUCUGACGAUGAGUCUGAGAGGGUCGCUGCGGGUAGCAAGAAGUUCACGGUCAAGGACAAGCAAUCGCGGCGAGACAAGGAAGGAGCCAGGUAUCUGGAACAGCAAGCCGAGGACAAUCCAGACAGCCCGCGCAGUGCCGAGACUUCCAAGAUCAAGGCCAAGUUGCAAUCUGAGAGACGGCUGGCCGCGGCGAGGUUCGAGGAAGAGGACAGGGAGACGGAAGUGAGCUUGAAAGGUGUUGAGCUCAACAACCUCCAAGGAGAGUCCUUUUUUGCGUCUACGGCUACAGUCGACAUUGCUGAGACGGAGGAGAGGAUUGCCAGGGCUCAGGCAGCCAUAGAGUGA